AUUGGUGGCUGGCUUGAGGUUUGGAACGGUGGUGAAGGGAGUCCUCGCCGUUUUCACACGACCCUAGCCAGCUCAGGGUGUGAAAGGUCCUAGGAAGUACUGCCGGACAGGGAUACAGGGGUAUCUGGAGGCACGCCUACCCGGGACCUUGUUCCCCUGGCUUUCUCCUCCUGUGGCUUCCUGAAUCAUCUGCUGGGAUGCACGAAAUAGAAAAGUUUCAAAAAGGAGAAGGCAAGGAUGAAGAAAAGUACAUCGAUGUGGUGAUUAAUAAGAACAUGAAGCUGGGACAGAAAGUGUUAAUUCCUGUAAAACAGUUCCCUAAGUUCAACUUUGUGGGGAAACUUCUGGGUCCACGUGGCAAUUCUCUGAAGCGUUUACAAGAAGAAACCUUGACAAAAAUGUCCAUCCUUGGGAAAGGUUCCAUGAGAGACAAGGCCAAGGAAGAAGAGUUGAGGAAAAGUGGAGAAGCAAAGUACUUCCAUCUCAAUGAUGAUCUCCAUGUUCUCAUUGAAGUGUUUGCCCCACCUGCAGAAGCUUAUGCCAGGAUGGGACAUGCUUUGGAAGAAAUCAAAAAGUUCCUCAUCCCUGACUAUAAUGAUGAGAUCAGGCAAGCACAGCUCCAGGAAUUAACAUAUUUGAAUGGUGGUUCAGAAAAUGCAGAUGUUCCAGUGGUUCGAGGGAAACCCACCUUGCGUACAAGAGGUGUACCAGCCCCAGCAAUAACCAGGGGAAGGGGAGGAGUUACAACACGGCCAGUUGGAGUUGUAGUACCACGAGGGACGCCAACUCCCAGAGGAGUCCUGUCCACCCGAGGGCCAGUGAGUCGGGGAAGAGGACUUCUCACUCCCAGAGCAAGAGGAGUCCCCCCAACUGGGUACAGACCUCCACCGCCACCCCCAACACAAGAGACUUAUGGAGAAUAUGACUAUGAUGAUGGAUAUGGCACUGCUUAUGAUGAACAGAGUUAUGAUUCCUAUGAUAACAGCUAUAGCACCCCAGCCCAAAGUGGUGCUGAUUACUAUGAUUACGGACAUGGACUCAGUGAGGAGACUUACGAUUCCUAUGGACAAGAAGAGUGGACUAACUCAAGACACAAGGCACCUUCAGCGAGGACAGCAAAGGGCGUCUACAGAGACCAGCCAUAUGGCAGAUACUGAUUGUACUGUCUGAUGUUGUGAAAUAGCCAAUCUCCACCAGUCCUGUAUACUGUUCAAAGUAAUUUUUUUCUAUGAACAAUCCCUUUUUAAAUAAAUCAAAAUGCUUAAAAUCUGAAUGGAUGGAACUUAAAACUACUUUGUUGAAACAUCAACCUGGGCAGAAAAAAAAAAAAAAAAAGACAUGUAAAAUUUUGUUAUUUCCAGUCUGUAUAUGAAAAAAUAGGUCAUCAAAAGGAAAAAAAAUAACUUUGAUUAACUAGUGUUAAACAAAAAAUAGGUUUACUAAAUAUGUUAAUCUAUUCUUUUAACAUAAGCCUCACCUUUCAUUUUAAAGGUUUCCAUAGAAUUUAGUUAUUUGAUCUUUCAGCCAUAUGCUAGUUUUUUUUUCUCUUGCCAACAUGCGUAAAAAGGGAAGCCAAUUACAAGUGCUAAUAAUGUGGUAUUCUUUUGUAACUCAAGUCUUGAAAUGUUCUGUAGUGUUAAGCAAAGUCUCCUCUUGCUUGAUACUAAAUAAACUUUUGAAAGAAAUUUUGUGUGUGUGAGCUAACAAUUUCAUGGGUUUUUUUUUAUUUAAAAAGGCCUUCAUAAAUAGUUGUAAACAGGGAAAGAAUUCAUUUAACAAUGCUUGUCAUAAAAGGGUCACACUAAACAUUGUACAACUUAUUUUAAAAAUGGUAUAAAAUUAAAUGUACCAUUAUAUACUCACCAUAGACUUAAAUGCUGUUUAAAGAGUCCAAAUGGUAUCGAGCUGCUUGAGUGGCACGUUAAACUACGCAAAACCAAAUCUUGUUUAAAAACUGGUUUUAAAAUAACUACUGGAUUUUCUGAAAAAGAUGUGAUCAGUUUUCAUCUUGUUGAGCGUUUUUUCACUAGUGCAACUUUGGAUUUUUUAUGAGAAUUUUGGUACCUUAAUGAACACCUCGCUCCAUGCUGGAAGCACUAAGCACAAAGCUUUUAAAGACUUUCUGGCUUGACUAAUUGAGGUCGCACUCGCCAAGGCUGAGGAUGUGUAACCCUUAAACGGUCUUCAUUUUCAAAGGAAAUGUCAGCCAUCUUGGAAUGUCACAGGAACUGGUUGAACACCUGAAGCAAAAAAAGGAACUUUCCUUCUAUUUAUGGACUGCUUAAGAAUAGUCAACUCACCAACGUGCCUAGUCAGUAAAUGAAUCCACUUGGGAACUUGAAAAACAUCUUAAUUAAUUUUUUGUUUGCAUAGUUUUGUGUUCUGUGACUUGUUUUUAUUAUAUGGUAUGCUUUUAAUUUGGAGAACCUACUUUUUUGAAAAAAGGAAAGAAAAUCUAUCUUAUUUUGUUGUCUCCCAAUAACAAAAAGAGAGUGAUUUGUAUAGUAGUUAAUAAAGGCUGCCUAUUGAAAUCUCUUCUACUUUAAACCUAGAA